GGAAUUUCGGUCUCAUGAUAUUUCAAAUAUGGAUCCUUCAUUAUAAACGCGGAAAGAACAGAAUGAAUUUAUCUCAUUCGGUUUACAUUCCAAAGUACUACAUGUAAUGAUUCUGAUCUAGUAUUUUUCUGGUACACGUAUCUACAAAAAAAGUUGAUUCCUUAUUUUCAGUCUAUAGAAGUAAAAAUAUGAAUCCUUUUCACAUUUUUUGGAUUGUUCUUUCUAUCUCAUGUAGCAGUUGUCAAAAUGAACACUCUGAGUCCCGUUUAAAUACUCGUAUCAAUUCUGAAAAUGCGAUUCGAUGUGAUACGUACGCGUAUCAAUCAAAACACGAAAUUCAGUAUACUUGGGUUAUUGGUAAUUUCAGUUCUUAUGAGACUAACGGCGGUUAUAAAGAGGUUUUCUCCCCAGAUCUACAGGCACCCACAACCGACAGAUACAUAUGGAAAGUUAAACUUACACCUAAUGGCAACUACUGGGACUAUAAUCCUAGAGGAAAACCAAUCGGCCUGGAUGUAUACCUAUCCGAAAAAAGCGCGACUAAAAGUGCAUUAGCGAGGUACAAUAUUUCGUUAAUAAAUCGUGAAAAAGAAGUAUUACUGCACAGAGAUUCGCCGUUGGAAAACAUCACACGGGGAGGUAGCAAAUACUGGAGAGAUUUUUGCCCGAAAGAUGAUUUCUUUAAAAAACGCAUACUGCAAAAUGACACAUUAAUUUUAUUAAUCAACAUCGCAUGGUCAGGGGAAUAUUCACACGAAAUUUCCCACAAACGUGAAACAUCUCCCUUGUCGAGUCCCAUACCGAAGACUACCAUCGUACAAUGCAUUCCUUCAGAAAACUUAGAUUCGAUGUUGGAAAAUCCGAAAUUUUCCGAAAUAAUAUUCUCCUCAAACGGUAGCGAUUAUCUAUUCGAAACGUGCGUACAAAUUCACGAAUUAAAAUACAUUUGGGCGAUUCAUAAUUUCAAUCUUUACGAGAAUGAUAUUGUGUCGCCCAAGUUGUACGCAUCUACAACCGAUAGAUACGAAUGGCAAAUCACUGUUACAACCAGCAGUGAUGAAAAUUGGGUCGAACUGUACGUACAGCUAUCUAGCGAGAGUAAAAUUAAUGAAACGUUCGCGAAGUACGAUAUUUCAAUCAUAAACCACCAUAAUGAAGUAUUACACGAAAAAGAAUCGCCGAUUAAAAAAUUAGCAUCCGGACAAAAAAUUCACUGGGAAUUCUGCAAGAAAGAUAACUGUUUCCGAAAACAUCUGUUGAAAAACGACACACUAAUACUUUUAAUCCACAUAAAAUGGAUUUCCGAAUCUAAUGAGAACGUUUCUCUCCCUCAAACUACUCAUUCGCCUGCUCCAACAUCUAAGCCUACCACUACCGAACACAGUAACUUUUCUGAAAACUUCGAAUCGAUGCUGGAAAAUCCACAAUUCGCCGAUGUCAUAUUCGUAACGAAUGGUAGCAAUUAUCCGGCUCAUAAGGCUAUUUUGGCAGCACGCAGUCCUAUUUUCGCAACCAUGUUUCAACAAAAAGACACCAGAGAUGGAAAAUCGAGAAAAAUUCGAGUCAACGUUACACACACCAACGAACAAGUGUUACGUGCUAUGCUACGAUACAUUUAUACAGGAAAAUGUGAAAAUUUUACGGUGCUAGCGUACGAUGAAUUAUUCGUAGUUGCUGUGAAAUACGGUUUAAACGGAUUGAAAAAUAUUUGCGAGCGAAACCUUCGUGAAGCUUUGUCGGCUCAAAACGCAGCGAAAAUGUUGGCUUUUGCCAAAAAGCAUUGCGUCGACGAAUUAAAAUUCAAAGCCACAGAAUUACUGAAAAAUAGAUUAACUCAAAAGUCGAAUGCAACUCUUCAGAAAUGAUGACACUUUGGACAGACCCCCUCCCCCCAAGCAAAAACAUAUUCAUGUCAAAAUCACAAUCCUCAUUGAAAAUUAUUUUAAAAACACAUUUCUCUCAAAACUUCAUAAUUCUUGAAGAAGUCAUAAGUUUGAUUAGAAAUUUUAAUUUUGCACCAUACCUAACGUUAUUGAACAAUCACUAUUAGCAUCAUCAUUAAUUUUGAAAAAAAAAUCGACAAUCCUGUGAGAGUCAUUGAAAAGUGUCGUCUUUAGUCGUAACUCGUUACUCGAUACUCGAAAGCCAUUGAGAAGAUCAUAAAACCUUGCGAAAAAUCAUCAAACACAUAAUCAAAAAUCAAGAAUUCGAGAAUCCUGCGGAAAAUCGAGUAAAUUCUGUGUUGAGCAAGAGCCGAAAAUAAUACGGAAGUUGAAGUUUAAUUACGACGAUUGUAGGGUUCAAAUGUUGGCGUUAUUUAAAAAAAAAAAAAAUACAAAUCAAUUCUUCAUUAUCAACGCACAAAGAUAAGAAUGAAUUUAUUUCAUUUGGGUUUCAUUCUGAAGUUCCACAUGUAAUUUUAUACUGUAUUUUUUUUGGUGCUCCUAUACAAAGAAUUUUGAUUCCUUUA